AUGGGCUACAUUCAAAAGCUUAGUCAAAAUAAAUCAAGGUUAGUCUGCGGCUUUUUCCGAAUGUUUGGAACAUCGCCGAAGAUCUUAACAAGCCACUAUGAUGCAUUGGGGAUCACACCAAACGCUACCCAGCGAGAUAUUAAAUCUGCUUACUAUAAAUUGUCGAAAAUGUACCAUCCUGACCUGUCUACCAACGAAGAAUCGGCUAAAAAGUUUCGAGCCAUCACUGAGGCCUAUGAAGUUCUAGGAAAUAUAAAUCUUAGGAAAAUGUAUGAUAAAGGAUUAAUGGUUGGAAGGGAUAGUUAUUCUAGCAUGAAGUAUAAACCUGAUGUUGAACCAACAGAUCCUACUUUAAAGUUCUACAAGUCUAGGACAACACGCCAUAUAACACCAACGAUUGAUGGCAAGACACCUAUAUAUGACUUUGAUGCAUGGUCUAAAGAACAUUACGGAGAAAUAUUAAAGAAAAAUCAGCGUGCAAAACAUAUUAUUAGGACAAAAAAAGAAAAUGCUGAUUUGUAUUCACAAGCACGUCAUCAGGAAUCAAUUGUUUACUUUAUAUCAGCUGUUGGUUUUCUAUUUAUUAUUUUGGUAGCUUAUGGCACCACAGAUUAUGAUGAAAACAAAAUAGAAAAUACAAAAAUUAAAGUUGAAUCGGAAAAUGCUUAA